UGAUGUAAUCAGGUGAGAAACAAAAGACCUUUACAGCAGUUCCAAUACAAAGAUGUUUUUUUUCUGCCGCAUACGUACAAAAAACAAGUGCGGUUUGGUGGCCUGCUUUUGUGGUGUGUGUGUGUUUCUUUUUCUGAGGGUGGAGGUCCGUUGAAGGAAAAACCCAGGGUGUCAUCAUGUGAAAACAGGAUGUGCAGGUAAGAAGCGAGCAGAAGUCGCAGUAACGAAUUACUGAGUUGCGUGGAAAGCAGUCAUGGCUUGUCUGCCUGCGCUAGCCAUAUUGCUCGCUGCGGCCAACACGCUCGGCCACAAGGGGUCGCCAGAAACCUACUAUGUCAGCGCAGGCCACCUCCUACUGCUCAAGUGUCCCAUCGCGGGUGAAAACGUCACGUGGGCCCGAGAAGAGGCGAUGGCGGGGACGAUACCAUCUCUGCCCCCUGGCGUGGAAGUCAUAGACGACCUUCUGUACUUCCUGCCCGUGCAGAUGUCCCAUAAUGGCACUUACAGUUGCGAGAGCACGGUCCAAAGCAGAAGCGUCAAGAUUGACUUUUGCGUGUCGGUGUCCAAUGGACUUUGUCCUCCUGUGGCUGAAGUGAGGAGCAUCACCCUGGGGGUCACCAAGAGCCUCCCCUGCAAGCUGGACGACGUCCUACGACGCAACCACACGAGGAACAUACGGUGGCUGAGGGACUGCCGCCCGCUGGAGCGAGAGGGCGCAACUAUCAGCGUGCACGACAGCGGCUUGAGGCUGCGCAAGGCCACGGAGGAGGACGGCGGCACGUACACCUGCCUGGUGGACAUCAGCCUCCGUGGCAGGAAGUACACGUCGGCACGAAGCGUCCAGCUGGACAUAAACAACGAGUUGACACAGGCCGUUUUUAGCGAGCCUGAGGUGAUCCAACACCAGGAUCAAGUGCUCGUCGUAGACAUGGGUGCGCGUGUGGAGCUGAAGUGCUUGGCUCUGCUGGGCUACAGUCAGAAUGAGGAGACGACAAUGUUCUGGAUCGUAAAUGGCAGUUUUGCUGACGAGGACCCGGAGCUCAAUGAGACGUUCCACUUCACGCCAGACCAAGGCCGCGUGUUUGGCGAGUCCAUCCUGACCAUUUCCAGAGUUCUUCCUCGUUUCCUCAAUGUCUUCAUUCGCUGUCGGAUCCAGAGCCCUGUGAAGGUGAAAGAUUGCCAAGUGCAGCUCAAAGAAGCCAACCACAGCUGGUUCCACACUGGCGUGGCAGUGGGCGUGGCCACCCCGCUUCUUCUUCUACUUCUGGUCUUCCUGAUGCUUUUUUUCAGGGUGGACCUAGUGUUGGCAUACAGGAGGCUGCACGGAUAUUUUGUUACUCCUCAAGAUACCGAGUGGGUCCCGUACGACGCCUUGGUGAGCGUGGUCCCCGCCGAGACCAGCUCAAGCGUGGCGUCUGACUUUGCCCUGCACACGCUGCCCGGCCGGCUGGAGGAACGACAUGGCUUCCGCCUCUUCAUCACAGGCCGAGAUGACAUCCCAGGAGAAGCAAAACUCGAUGCCGUGGCGGCCACUUUGCGGAGAUGCCGCCGGCUGAUCAUCGUCGUGGUGUCGGCCAAGGAGACGGACAAAGAGGAAGAAGAACAGGGGGAGGAGGAGGAGUGGCGCCCCUUCAGCCUUGGGGAGCGACAGCUGAGCUAUGAGCAGAAGCUGGGCCUGCACGACGCUUUGAUGCACGAUACGCCCCCAGUCAUCCUGCUGGAAAUUGACGGUCGGCCGGAUUACGGCCGCUUGCCGCAGUCUCUAGCCUACGUCAAGAGGAGGCAGGGAGCACUCGCGUGGAAUCAAAGCAAACGCAAUAGACUCUUCUGGAAAAAGCUCAGGUUGCUCAUGCCGGACGUGCCAGCCAGCAGACGAUCAAGACCCCAUCAAGAUCACAUCUUGUUAGCGCAGUGACUGUCGUUAGUAGGGGUGUAACGAUUCAUCGAUACACAUCGAUUAAAUGAUAUAAUGCUCUACGAUUUAUCGGCAUCGAUGCUAAACGUAAACAUCGAUUUAUAUCAGAGCAGGCACGUGAAAGGGGAGUCGACAACUCGUACGCGGCUCCUGGGCUGGUGCUAUGGCUAGUGUCCAAAAAGACGAGGAAAUUCCCUCCCCUUUAGGCUUCGAGUCAUUCUUUGGAAGCACUUUGGAUUCCAAAGAAAAGAUGGCUCAACGGACAAGACAGGUGCGGUUUGUAAAUCCUGCCAUGCGCUGAUCAAAUAUUCAGGGAGCACAAAUCUCGCCGCACAUUUAAAGAAAAACCACGACAUCAAAGUUCAGUGUUAAAAUAAGCACUUUAUAUACUGCAAUACUCUUGUCAUUUCCUAAAUAAAGAGUUUGCAGUACCUUGUGGAUUUUGCGGAUGAAUUGUUAUAAAUCAGGAUAUUGUUCUAUAUUUUUUAUUUAAAAAAAAUAUGUAUAUAUCGAUCGUAGAGCACUAUAUCGCGAUAUAUCGUGAAUGAAUCGCAGCAGGCUUUAAGAUAUCGGCAAAUAUCGUAUCUUAGUUCUUUGAAGCGAUAUGAUAUGGUAUCGUGACAAAACCCGCCAUUUACACCCCUAGUCGUUAGGGUGGAGUGGACACAAGAGACAUUUGAAUUCUUUCACUGCAGUAUUUCCAAUCAUCUUGUUACAUCUCAUUUUACUGGUAGCUCUUAAGAGGCCAUUACAGGAAAAACCAGGGGUGGGGUUGGGGCGCCACUUUAACGAUAAACUGUGUGUGUGCGUGUGCGCGUGCGCGAGGAGAUGGCUAUAAAAGAUCUUUUAGAAGAAGAGCAAAGACACUGUGUCACAUUCUUCUAAGCGGUAAGAGACAUAUUUUACUGUAUUUUACUUUUUUAAAUACAUGUUUAUUUUUAGUAUCAUUUUGUACCCACAUUUAUACAAUAAAGUUUACUUUUUUUUUU